AGUUUCUUUUCAAUCCAAAUUGACAAACUUUCCAAAUUCCCAAACUUUUCAAUCAGUUCUUGUUUUUUCCAAUUUCUUUUCGAUAUAUUUCUCCAUUUUCUAGUUACUUUCAUGGAUUUUGUUUUAGCAUUGUUUAAGAUUGUUUGAGAGGAAGAACAACGUCAGAUGCAUAGGAAUAACAUGAGCAGUGAUGCGUUGAUGGAGAAGCCAAACACUGUAAAGUGUCGCUGCCGGAAACAUUCUUGGUACAUUGUUUUAGUUUCUUUUCUUUUGUGGUUUGGAUUGUUUUACUUGUAUUCAUCUCUAUCGGUUGGGGAUAAUGGUCUUGGUUUGGUAGAUAGCAAUGAAAUUGAAGUAAAUGUUUCAUCUUCAGAUUUAGAAUCCAAUAUUGUUCAUGAUGUUGAUAAGAAGGAGGCAGUGGUUGAAGUUAGUGAUGUUAAUGGAGGGGAGGAUUCUGAAAAUGAAAGAGAAAAUGCCCGGAAACCUGUUAGUAAGUCCUUGGUUCGCAGGGUGGAAAAUGUUGAUCAAAUUAUGGAUUUGGUGAAUGAAUUGGAAGCUAAUAACCAAACACUGGGGAGGGAAAAUGAUACUGGAAAUGUUGAUGCAGAUUCUAGUGCAGAAAAUGAUGAAGGGGAAUCAAGUAAGGAAGAUGAUGACACAAGGAAGAAGGAUGAAGGGAUAGCAAUUGUUGAUCCAUCUUUUCUUGGGGAGAAAGAAAGUAUUCCUGUUGUUGAGAAAGGAAAUAAAGAUAAUGUUGUGAAGCAAAAGCCUGAAAAUGUUGCUAGAAGAUCAUCUAUCAGGAGCAAGAGAGAAUCAAUGAGGCAAAAAAUAAAACAAAAUGUUGAUUCAUCUCCUGUUGUUCAGAAAAGGGCAGAAAACACUGCAAGGGUUCAGUCUGGUCCUACUUCGUGUGCAGGUAGAUACAUAUACAUUCAUAAUCUUCCCAAGAAAUUCAACCAGGACUUGCUGGACAACUGCAGGUCACUUAGUGAAUGGAUAGACAUGUGUGAGUACACAGCAAACUACGGAUUAGGAUCCCAACUUCCGGAUUAUGACAAGGUUUACUCAAGAACAGGAUGGUUUGGGACAAACCAAUUCUUGUUAGAAGUAAUUUUCCAUAACAGGAUGAAACAGUACAGGUGCUUAACUAAAGAUCCAUCCUUAGCUUCAGCAAUUUUUGUUCCAUAUUAUGCUGGUCUUGAUGUUGGACGGUACCUCUGGGAUUCUGAUGGAUUUAUGAGAGACUAUGAUGCACUUAAUCUUGUGAAGUGGCUGGCAGCAAAACCUGAGUGGAAAAGAAUGUGGGGUGGGGAUCAUUUCCUUGUAGCUGGAAGGAUCAACUGGGAUUUCAGGAGAGACCCCAAGAAUGAGUCUGAUUGGGGGAAUGAGCUACUGAACCUGCCUGAAUCCCGGAACAUGACAACGCUUGUGCUCGAAUCAAGUCCAUGGAACUACAAUGACUUUGCCAUACCAUAUCCCACAUACUUUCACCCUUCUAGUGACAUUGAGGUGUUCCAAUGGCAAAACAGAAUGCGAAGACUGAAAAGACGCUACCUGUUCUCCUUUGCAGGCGCCCCAAGGCCCAAUCUACACGAAUCCAUACGCAAUGAGGUCAUUGAUCAAUGCAGGGCUUCAAGGAGGAAAUGUAGGUUGCUUGAAUGUCAUGACAAGAACAACAAGUGCUACAAGCCUGUCUAUGUCAUGAAAAUGUUUCAAAAUUCUGUGUACUGCUUACAACCUCCGGGGGAUUCGUACACAAGGCGGUCAGUAUUCGAUUCCAUUUUAGCUGGUUGCAUUCCUGUAUUCUUCCAUCCGGGUACAGCUUAUGUUCAAUACAUAUGGCAUCUCCCAAAGGAUUAUACGAAAUACUCUGUGUUCAUAGCGGGGACUGAUGUCAAAUCUGGGAAAGCUAACAUUGAGAGAAUACUGCAAAGAAUUCCUAAGGAGAAAAGAUUGGCAAUGAGAGAAGAGGUCAUUAAGUUGAUUCCAAAGGUAAUAUAUGCUAAUCCAACAUCAAGACUGGAGACACUUGAAGAUGCAUUUGAUCUCACCAUUAAUGGUGUUCUUGACAGAGUUGAGACUAUUAGACAGCAAAUUAGAGAUGGAAAAUCUUUGAAUUCUGAUUUCAUAGAAGAUGACUCAUGGAAGUACUUCACAUAUGGGACCGUAGGACCACAUGAAUGGGAUCCCAUCUUUGCAAACAGAAAUCUGAAAGCUUAGUAGGGAGGAUAAGACAUAACUGUUAUUAGGACAAGACAAGGAAACAAGUAGAAUUCCUCAUCAUUGUAUUUUAGACAAAAAAUAAAAGUAGAAAAUUUGC